AUGCGGGCUAUGCAGCAACAAUUUGAGCGCAUGAAUGUCGUGUUAAAUGAGAUUCGAGAUCGGCUGGAUAGGCAUGAGGAUCGGCUCGAACAACUUCAGCAAGAGUCAUUACCUAGGCCUCGGAGACCCGACCAGCGCCCACAUUUUGCUCCAAAUGUCCCCGAUGAUGACUAUGAUGAUGGGGCAAGCAAUGAAGUAGUCUCCAAUGCUACUUGGAGGAGGGCUAGGGCUAUCAGACCCGAAAGACCAAGGCAUGCUCAAAGGCAACACCGAGAAAGGGAAGCCGUAGAUCGUAACAUGGGCACCAUCAAGCUGUCCAUUCCUCCAUUUCAAGGUAAAAAUGACCCUGAUGUUUAUAUUGAAUGGGAGAGGAAAGUUGAGCUAGUAUUCGAUUGUCACAAUUAUUCGGAGGAGAAGAAAGUGAAGCUUGCUGCGGUGGCUUUUACCGACUAUGCCAUUAUAUGGUGGGAUCAGCUGACCCUGAGUAGACGUCGAAACCGUGAGCUUCCCAUCGACAAUUGGGAGGACAUGAAAGCCGUUAUGAGAAGAAGGUUUGUUCCAUCUCACUAUUAUCGUGACUUACAUUUGAAAGUGCAAAGUCUGAAGCAGGGGUCCAUGACUGUGGAACACUACCACAAGGAGAUGGAGAUAGCCUUGAUUCAGGCUAACAUUGAGGAGGACCGAGAGGCGACCAUGGCUCGGUUCAUUUGUGGCCUAAACCGUGAGAUUGCCAAUAUUGUUGAGCUGCAUCACUACGUGGAGCUUGACGAUGUGAAGUGGGGAUCAUCAAAACCAACUGAGAAAACAGUUUCAAAAUCAAAGGGAGAGACGAAUGUGGCCAAGACACAACCUAGCAACAAAGAUAGGGGUAACUCAUCUUCCCAACCUCAAAGAAAUCGUGACAUCAAAUGUUUUCGUUGUUUAGGAUCUGGUCAUAUUGCUUCUCAAUGCCCAAACAAGCGAUCAAUGAUCAUAUUGGAUAAUGGGGAGAUCGAAACUGAAGAGGAAGAUGAAGGGAAUGAGUCCACUCCAUCAGUUGAAGAUACUAGUGAUCUUGAGCUUGUUGUUGAUGGCCAAGCUCUUGUUGUGCUAAGAGCUCUCCAUAUGCAAGCCAAAGAAGACGAUGAUGGGCUGCAAAGGGAGAACAUCUUCUACACCCGCUGCCAUGUGAAAGAUCGAGUAUGCGGUUUGAUUAUUGAUGGUGGCAACUGUGUUAAUGUUGCAAGCAAGUUAAUGGUGGACAAGUUUGGUCUACCUACCUUGAAGCAUCCAAAGUCGUAUCAACUCCAAUGGCUCAAUGACAGUGGAGAAAUGAAGGUAACCAAGCAGGUCCUUAUUUCAUUUACGAUUGGAAGGUACACGGAUGAGGUUCUGUGUGAUGUUGUACCCAUGCAAGCUAGCCAUUUGCUUCUUGGAAGGCCAUGGAAAUUUGAUAGACGGACCACACAUGAUGGGUACAAGAACCGCUACAGCUUCAGCAAGGAUGGUAGGAACAUUACACUUGCACCUUUGACACCUCGUCAAGAUUUCAAGGAUGUCUUUUUCGAAGAUACGCCACCUGGGUUACCACCCAAAAGAGGAAUCGAGUAUCAGAUUGAUCUCAUUCCGAGAGCUUCCAUUCCAAACCGACCAGCUUAUCGAAGUAGUCCAGAAGAGACCAAAGAGCUUCAAAGGCAAGUUGAAGAACUUAUGACUAAAGGACAUGUUCGUGAAAGUAUGAGUCCCUGUGUUGUGCCUGUGCUGCUGGUUCCAAAGAAAGAUGGGACAUGGAGGAUAUUGAUUUGA